CUCGCGAGAUUCACGUCGUGACAGCGGAAAACAUUGUAUACCUGUAUAGAUAACGACUAAUUUCGAGUUUGAAAUAUUCCUAAUUAAGAAAUAUCGCCAACGCUGCCGGCUUGAGGAAUAUAUAUAUUUAAUAUAAACGCAUGUGCUUGUUCGAUUUUUUUUUGAGUGCAUUAUUUCCAUUUUGGGGCCAGAAAAAAGUGCUGAAAGUGCUGGCGGGCACAAUAAAUGCUGCACCUGUCUCACCUGAGCGCUUCAAGCCACAAAAGUGUAAAGUGCAGCGCGACUCUUUGCUUUUCCGCCGCUUUUUUGCCUUUUGUUUUUCCUUGCGAUUUCGAGAUCCGAGAUUCAGCAAGAAUUCUGCGAGCGUGUGCGCGAGUGGUUGCUGUUGUUAUUGCUGCCGCGCUCUAAUUGCUAGGCUUCGUGCGGAGAAUUCUUCAGGCGCUUCUUUUUCUUCUUGGGACGCCCGCACCGCAAAUGAGCUGCAUGUGAAGACAUCCCGCAUAAUGAUGACGAUGACAGCAGCCUCGGCUUCGAUAUCCACAUCCGCUUCGCUGACCAACUCGGCGUCGACGGACUGCAGCAGCAGCAUGCAGGGAUCGACGACCAGUUCGGCGUCCAGCGAUGUGAUGACCUUGACGACGACGGCGGCCUCCUCGUGGUGCGCCAUACCGGCGAGCUCACGCCUCCGCGUUUUGCGACUGGUGAGGCCGCAUCAGAGGCGACUCCUAGUCGGCGGACCAGAAAGGGGCAGCACCUACGGAUUCACGGUGCGCGGAGGACGGGAACACGGCACCGGAUUCUUUGUCUCCCAUGUGGAGCACGGCGGCGAGGCACAGCUGAAGGGUCUGCGGAUUGGCGACCAGAUCUUGCGGAUCAAUGGCUUUCGUCUGGACGACGCCGUGCACAAGGAGUUCAUCCAACUGGUGGCUGGUCAGGAUCGGGUGACCCUGAAAGUGCGUGGUGUGGGAAUGCUGCCUGUGAGGGACUUACCAGAGGAACGCUUAUCCUGGAGCGUGGUGAAGUUGCCCAGCGUAAGCGGCACUCCCUCGGAGAGUUCCUUCAAGGGCGAAAGGCGCGGCGCCAGCCGGGACAUCAGUGUGGUCCUCCAUGUGGCGCCCAGGACGAAGCUGGGACUGGGGAUUUGCAAGGGACCCGAGUGGAAGCCCGGCAUCUUCGUGCAGUUUACAAAGGAUCGGAGUGUGGCCCGGGAGGCGGGAUUACGGCCGGGUGACCAGAUCCUCAGCGUCAACAGUAUCGACUUCUCGGACGUCCUCUUUAGCGAGGCCGUGGCCGUGAUGAAGAGCAGCAGCAAGCUGGACAUGGUGGUGCGCACGGCGGCCGGAUGUGACCUCUUCCCGGGUGAAUCCAGUGGCUACAAUAGCUCUGCCAGUUCGGUGACGGGAGAUCAAAGCCCUUGUUGGGCGGACGCCAAAUCCAAGCGAUUGACGGCGGUCAGGGAGGAGUCCGGAGCAGGUGGAGGAGGCUGUGGCUUAAGCUCAGGACCUGGGGCAGGUAGUCCAAAUUGGUCGCAGGGCGUCGAGGUGCACAAGCAGAUGAACAAGACCAUCAUAAAGUUGACGGAGAAUGGGACUUCUAUAAACAACACAUAUAUAGCCAGUUCCGGUAGCAGUUCCGUUUCGGGAUCCGGAUCCACUGCCAGCGGAACUUCCGGCCGCAGUCAGCAGUCACAAUCGAAUCCAUCUAAUCCCUCCCGCAAUUCAACCACCAUGAAGCGCAGCCAUCUGAGGCCAGUUAAUUCCGCUGGUUCCGGUAUAGGAUUAACAAGCGGAUCUGCUGGAUCUUCGGGAUCAGGAUCAAGAUCAGGAGGGGUCAUCGCUGCACCUGCUCCACCGCCGCCGGCCAUGAAUGAAGGAGCCAAUGCCAGUGGCUCAGUGGGCAGCAGCCUCUCCAGUGCCAUAACCGAGGAGCUCAAGAAGCGCAAAGAGAAGCAGCAGCAGCAGCAGCAUCAGCAGCGCCACAAUCGAGAUAGAGAUCGGGAUGGAAAUGGAAACGUGGAUCGUCAGCUGACGGGCCACAAUGGAAAUGGAGGGCACCGCAGCUGCGGCGGCCAAGUGUCGCAUCGCCAGCGGGCGAAUGUUGCUAGCGUGGCUGCAACACUGCAGGGCAGCGAACGCAUUAGCAAUUCGGCGGGCGGCGGAGGAGCAGGUGGGGCAGGUGCUUCGAAUGGAGCUGGAGGAGAUCAGCACACGGCGCUGAUGGACGAAUUCAAGCGGGCGCACCAGCGAAUGUUCAGAAACGGGUUCCAUGAGAGCGAGCACAAGUUGUCCAGUCUUGGCAAGAGCUCGCUGGCGGAUAGAUCGCUUUACGGCCGGGAAAUGAGUUUGCUGCGCGUGAAAAACGGUGGAUCGGGUGGUGGGGGUGAGGGGUCAGGUGUCAUGCCCACCAUGCGACCAGUUAGCAUGGGCCGUCCCCUGGUGACCAUGUCCACCUACGAGGAGCGCGGCGAAACGCUGAAACGCACCUCGAUUAUGCCCGAUGAGAGCUGUUAUCGGAAUAGUAUCAACAGUACCAACAGCAAUGCCUUCAACAGGAACAGGAGCAACAGCAAUACAAACAACACGGGCAACUUCAGUAACAACAAUCGCCUGCAGCCCCAGAACGGAGUCAAUCUGGCGAAUGGCAAUGGGUCGCCGGAACUGCCGCCACCGCCACCACAGUUCGCCAAUCCGCAGCCAAAGCAGAUGCCGCCCCAACACAUCAAGCUCAUGACCGGAAACGCAGCGGCGAACGGAAGCGGAAGUGCAAAUGGGCUGGGCAACGGCAGCUUGGCCAAGGUCAAGCAACCCAUGUCGCCCAUGCGCAGUGCCAGCAUAAGUGUGGGCGGAUUCCGACCACCAGCCACGCCCCAGCCCGACUACGAUGCCGUCCAGAUAAGAUCCCCGCAAGGAAGCGAAUCGGUAUCUGGGCGAGAUGUGGCCACCAGUCAGCAGCAGCGGCGUACCCUGCGGCUGGGCACAGUGACCAUUGGGGAGUACGGGGAUCAGAGGACGACGGGGAAGCGGGAAACACUGCGCAAAACGAAUGGAGAGCCCGCUUCCAAUGGGAUCCUGAAGAACGGCAGCAAUCGGAGCAGCGCCAGCUUUAAUCACGGCUCCAACCAACAGACGGAAAAGUCCAUCAAGUUCGGCAACUGAUUGGGGUCUUCUCGACACUACUUUUGUGCAAUACGCUCGAUGAUUUUGAGAGGAAAUCAACUAAGAGAGUACAAAAAUCGGACGUGCAGCUAUUUUCCAUAUCAACCAUAUCCAUUACCUUAUACCACUUUUUUUUGUUUACAUCUAAUUUGUAUUAUAUUUGAUUACGAUUUGUUGGAAAUAUUGUGUCACUAGUUGCUAUUAUUUAACGAAUACUGUAAAUAAGCCACGCGCAAGAGUGUGUGUUUCCAAUAAAGCAUAUACAUAUGUACCUUA